UAUACCUUUGACAGGUAAAUGUAUUAUAAAUCAAAUCAUCAGAGAUCAUAACAGCAUCAUUUCACUUUUAUUUACACUACCAAAGUAGGGCUGGAGGCAAGUGCCAAAGGAUGAAAAUGUACCAUCUGCAGAGCUAUCGACAUAUACUGAGAUUACAGACAUCCUGGCAAAAUGAUUUCUUCAAAGCCCAGACUUGUCGUACCUUAUGGCCUCAAGACUCUGCUUGAGGGAGUUAGUAGAGCCAUUCUCAAAACCAGUCCACCAAAUAUCACCCAGUUUGCAGCAGCUUAUUUUAAAGAACUUAUUGUGUUCAGAGAAGGGAAUACUUCUCUGGAUAUAAAAGAUCUGGUUAAACAGUUUCAUCAGGUUAAAGUAGAGAAGUGGACAGAAGGAAUGAUACAAGAGAAGAAACCAGAAUGUGUAAAAGACCCAGAAGAAACACAUGCAGUUUCUCCAGUGCCUACACGGAUGGAAAAAUCUACAGACACAGAGGAGGACAAUAUAGCUGGAACACUAUUUAGCAACAAAACCACCCAGUUUCCAUCAGUUCAUGCUGACUUCUUAGAGCAUGAGAGCACAGCUGAAGCAGUUCAUGGUCUGUCUUCUAAACCAGCCACCCCUAAGACUGCUAGCCCACCCUCAUCACCACCUCCAGCAGGUGUCUCUUCAGAGUUUGCCUAUGUCCCAGCUGACCCAGCUCAGUUUGCUGCUCAGAUGUUAGCACUAGCAGCAAGCGAAGCAGGACAACCACCACCAUAUUCUAACAUGUGGACCCUUUAUUGUCUAACUGAUAUGAAUCAACAGAGUCGCCCAUCACCACCACCUGCACCUGGGCCUUUCCCCCAAGCAACCUUCUAUUUAUCUAAUCCUAAGGAUCCACAGUUUCUGCAGCAUCCACCAAAAGUCACUUCUCCAACUUAUGUGAUGAUGGACGACAGCAAGAAGACCAGUGCCCCCCCUUUUAUCUUAGUAGGCUCAAAUGUUCAGGAAGCACAGGAAUGGAAAGCUCUUCCUGGACAUGCUGUUGUUUCACAGUCAGAUGCGUUGAAGAGAUAUGCUGCAGUACCAGUGCCCAUUGCUGUUGCUGCAGAUCAGAAAUUCCAGAAACACACCCUAAAUCCCCAGAAUACUAGUCCUCCUACAAGUGGACAAGAUGUCCCCAGACCACAAAGCCCUGUCUUUCUUUCUGUUGCUUUCCCAGUAGAAGAUGUAGCCAAAAAAAGUUCAGGAUCUGGUGACAAACGUACUCCCUUUGGAAGUUACGGUAUUGCUGGAGAAAUUACCGUGACCACAGCCCAUGUUCGCAAAGCAGAAACUUAAAGCUGAUCCUGAAAAUGACGCUGUUUGAAUCAACAUUCAAGGUGGAGUUGGCCACCAAGCAUAAUAUAGCAAUAAAUUUCAUGCAAGCAUAAA